GUGGCUACAUUUUCUGUCUGUCAGGGGAUCCAUUUUCAAGUCUCAAGAAGGCUGAUAAUAGUAUGGUGAAUUUAAUCAACAACAUGGUUGUGUCUUUCAGCUGGGUUUCUGCUUUCACACUUAUUCUUUCCUUGGAAUGUUUAAGCACAAAAGUUAAUGGAACUGGAUUGGACAGUGAAGACGAUCCAGAAGUCAAGUAUGCAGUUCUUGGAGCUGGAAUCGGUGCCAUCUUUGCUUUAUGUUUUGUUGCAAUAAAGCUCUAUAUGAUUAAAAAACAUAUGCUUGACAAUGAUCUUUCAGAUACUGGAAAUGGCCAAAGACUGUCUUUAAGAACCAUCAAUUAGAAUGUACAGCUGUGCUGUUUCAGGAGUAAAAGAAGAAGUAAUCUGAAGUGACAAGAGGACUGUUUUGCAACAAAGUGUGAAAAGAGCUUUUCUGAAAAUGUAGUUUCUUAUCUUAGCUUAAUGGGAAACUGAAACCAGUGCAACAAUCCAUUUUGUCAAAAAAAUGAACUGACUUUUCUGAAAUGACUCAACUACAUAUAUAAAAUCGAUCAUUUCCUUAUUAAAAUAUUUGUAAAUAUUCUUGUCACUAUGCUAUUUAGCAGUUUUGACUGUUAACCCUAUUGUGUUUUACAUAAAUUAAACUAGCUUUUGUGGAAAUAAACUGUCACGUUUCAGGAAAGUAAGACAUGUUACUGGUACCCAUAAGAACCGUAGGUUAAUUUUCAUUGCUUUCAGGGAUUCAUUCUGGGAGUGAGUUUAGAUAAUGUGUUUAACCUUUCCACAGAGCUACGCAGUCCCACAGAGGUAUAUUUCUUUUUCUUUUUUUAACUACUGAAAAACAAUUGAUCAAUUGGGCCCUUUCCUGGUGUAUUUAAAGGGAAUUAGUACAUCUCUCAGCAAACACAGUGCAGCACAAAAAAGAGCCAGGCUCCCCUCCCAUCGAAAUGCACCUUGUAGCCAUGAUCAUGAUGUUUCUUUUUCUAUUUUUGAAUCAUUAAAAGUGUACUGUUCCAUAUCAAAAGCAAGCCAGUGAAA